AUGGUAUCUCACCUCCGUUCUCUCGGCAUAGAAGUGGAGGAUACCGGCGUAAACUCCUACUACUCCGCCGGAGCUGAAGUCGGCCGCCGCGUCUCCGCUUCAUCGUCCUCCGAAAUCCGUGGCUUGGUAUGCUGCGGAACCGGCGUCGGAGUUGCGAUGUUCGCCAAUAAGUUCCCUGGAGUCUACGCCGCCACGUGUCUCUCCGUCGAAGACGCAGUAAACGCUAGAUCGAUCAGCAAUUGCAACGUCCUCGCACUCUCCGGUACUAAAACCUCGCCGGAAACCGCCGUGGAAAUCUUCGACGCAUGGAUUAAAACUCCGUUUAAAUCUCCCUGUCCUGCAUCUGGAUUCGAGCCAUGGAGCUCAGAGAUCUCAUCCUUCCUCGACAACUCUCUCUCCGAGAUGCCUCAGAUCGGGAAAUCCAACGCCGAUUCAACAACCAAACAGACAGAUCAAACCUCCGCUUCAUGCGUGAUUUGCUGCUUGGCGAAGAACAGAGAGUUCACUCCAGUGGAGAUAAUGCCGGGAGGCUCGAUGAAGAUCGUGAGAGAGACGCCGACGUCGGCGAUUGUAAGGUUUAAAGCGGGAAGUGUGGAACCGGCGCAUCAUCACACAUUUGGCCAUGACAUUGUAGUCCUUAAGGGGAAGAAGAGUGUUUGGAAUCUAAACAAGAAGGAGAGAGCUGAUCUCGUUGACGGCGAUUACUUAUAUACUCCGGCCGGUGAUGUUCAUCGAGUCAAGUAUCAUGAAGACACUGAGUUCUUCAUCACUUGGGAUGGUCAUUGGGACAUUUUCCUUGACGAAGACAUCGAAACUGCAAAGAAAGCCAUUGAAGAAGAAGAAGCAGCUUGA